AUAGCGCGAGGAAUCGUUUUCUCUUGCGUCUCUUCUUUAACCACUUUCACUGGACCGUUGCGAAAUACAUCUGCGCAAGGGAUGCUGGAUUGGAAUACCGAAAAGCUGGAAAAACUUUCGAGUUUGAUGUCAGAACUUCAGUACCGAAUAGUCUCUGUCAUCGAGAAUCAAAGAAUGAAGAUGAGUCGACGCUGAUCGUUUAUAGAACCGAACGAAUCGAGUGGAACAGCGAGGAAUCAAGGAAAAAACCAGCAAAAGUAUCGCGCAACUGAGCACCAGUGAAAAACUGCAUUUUCGCGCGAGUAACGUGAUUUUCCAUCGGAACAAUCGAAUCGAAACCGCGAUGCGUCCGAUUUGGUCGUUGCUGUUCCUGGUCCAAAUAUCCUGGGGAUUCACCGGAAGAGGAGUGUAUUAUCCAGGCCGAUCGGAUUUGUUCGAGCUGUCGGUGAUACACCUGAACGAUUUUCACGCAAGAUUCGAGCAAACGGGACCGCAAUCGGGCGCUUGUCCGAAACAAAACGAAAAGGAAUGCGUCGGCGGAAUCUCACGUGUGUCCACGGCGGUCAAUCGAUUAAUCAACGAGAGACCGAAUCCAAUCUUCCUGAAUGCUGGCGAUCAUUUUCAGGGGACACUUUGGUACAACGUUCAUCGCUGGAACGUGACCGCAACGUUUAUGAACAUGCUGCCGCAUGACGUUAUGACAAUCGGGAACCAUGAAUUCGACAACAAUAUUCAGGGUGUCGUUCCCUUUUUGAAAAUGGUAAAGGCACCGGUAGUAGUGACGAAUAUAGACGCCAGCGAGGAACCAACGAUGCAGGGUCUCUAUAAAAACAGCACAAUCCUCGUGAAGAAUGGUACAAAAAUCGGAGUCAUCGGUGUCAUUUUAUCCACCACAAACGAGAUCUCCGCUACCGGGAAGUUAAAGUUUCUGGAUGAGGUGAAAUCGGUGAACGACGAGGCAGAAAGGCUCAAAACUCAGGGAGUCGACAUUAUCAUCGUUUUGAGUCACUGCGGAUUAAAUGUGGACAGAAGAAUGGCCGCGCAGUGUCCUUUGGUUGACGUGAUCGUUGGUGGACAUUCGCACACGUUUCUCUACUCAGGUCCACCUCCAUUCAUCGACACCCCCGAAGACAAAUACCCGGUGGUGGUGGUCCAAAAAAACACGAACAGAACAGUUCUGAUUGUUCAGGCGGCAGCGUUCACCAAGUAUUUGGGGAACUUGACGGUCUGGUUCGACGAGAAGGGUGAAGUAGCUGACUGGGACGGAAAUCCGAUUCUUCUUGAUUACUCUAUCGAAGAGGAUCCAGAAAUGCUGAAAGCUUUGGAACCCUGGAAAGCCGCCGUGGAUGAAAAGUCAUCGUCAAAGGUUGGCCGAACGAAGGUUUACCUGGACAAUAAAUGUCGCAGAAGCGAGUGCAAUCUCGGGAAUUUAAUCACAGAUGCGAUGGUGGAUGCUUUCGUGGAGAAGGCUGAAAAUAAGACUUUCUGGACGUACGCUGCUGUUGCGUGCAUGAAUCCUGGAGGAAUACGUUCUCCCAUCGAAUCCGUCGGCGAGGAUGUUACUUUCGGCGAUUUGAUGAUGGCUCAACCCUUUGAGAACACGUGGGACACGCUCGAAUUGAAAGGCAGCUGUAUUAUGCAGAUUCUAGAAUUGAACGGAAUUCUGGUAUGGUCUGGAUUGAAAGUGACUUACAACAUGACAGGAGAUACCAGAAUUGUAACAAACGUUAAAAUCAGGUGUCGAGCCUGCGAAGUACCAACGUUCGAGGAUUUGGAGGACGAUGAAUGGUACAGAAUCGUGGUUCCAACUUUCUUGGUUGGCGCUGGCGAUGGAUACCACCCUUUUACGACCUGCGGGAUUAAUCACAAAAUUGGGGAAACGGAUGCGGAACAAUUGGCCAAUUACAUGAAGAAAAUCAGUCCCAUUCUAGUCGGUCUGGAUCGUCGAGUAACAUUCAUACACAGGAACAAAAUAUAGUCUGGUUAAGAAUUUUUAUUUUCGUGUCAUUUCAUUAUUUAGUUGCAUGUUUCGAACCGGUUGUAAAUCCUUUUAGAAUAUGUUACAUCUUACGAGUAACGAAUAACGCAAGUAUGGAUAAACAAAGACGUGUUAGAAACAUACAAUUCCAUCCAUUUAACGAAUCUUUAAUUACAUCGCAUUCGAUCCGCCUGUAAAAAGACUCGCUUUUCAGUAUUACAAAUAAAGAUGUAAAAGUUUCUUCGAAA